UAUAUUUGAUCGCAUUAUCGCCGACAUUGCGACAUUGCACAUCAUGGUCGCGACGAGCGGCGAAGAGAUGCGACGGGCGCCCGGCUGACUACUGUGAUCGCCCCCUUCAAAACGCUCGUCGAGAAACGUGGCAUGCAGGUGCCAUGAAAUACCAACAGCGGGAACUUUCGCGUGAUCACGUGCUUCAGCGGAGGAGGAAGAGGAACACAUUCGCAUGCAUACACGUCUGGAACAAGGGGCGACGUGGGCGGUGACGACCUCAGUGGUACAGCAGGAACGACCACCAGUGAGAGGGGAGCAGCUGCAAGUAAUAAAAUUCAAGGAGCGUGGUGGGGUUUCAGCUACAAGGGGCGCUGCUGCUGCGCACACAUGGGACUGGUGAAGGUGGCGGCCGCCUGUUUUGGGGCGAUCAUCUACACGGGGUUGGGACUCUGGGGAGUCUCUCGAAUGUGGGCAAGUCGGUUUUCGGCGAAAACAAAGCAGCGCUCGCCAUACCUCGCUGUUUUGUCGGGGACCAUGAACGUCGCCUGGGUGGUCGCGGCUUUUGCACAGAUGGCCACGCGGAGCGCGGAGAGAGCUUUUCCGUGCGGAAUUACGGCGACCCUUUCACAUUUGUACGUGCUGCUCUGCACACUCCCCCUGAUGCUGCGGCAAUCCGGCGACUCGGCCAUAUUUGCUACAAGGGUCUCACCUACCAGUACCAAAUCGCCACUGGUGGCAACCGGAGGAAGGAGGUACCGGAACGGCCCGUACACCGCGAUGGUACGCACCAGUACGGCUUCUUUGCCGCACGAACCAAGUACCGAGAAAACCAGCUGCGAAGCAGACAUCAGCUCUGAUGACGAAAGGCCUUCUGCUCAGCUAGCACUGCGAGCCAAGCUUGCAGCCGUUGCGCUGGUUGUCGUGAUAGGAGCCUUCAUGGCGCUCUUAAUAGGGGGGAGCGGCGGCAGCUGGUCCAUCCGAGGAAGAGACAGGGAUGGAGCUUGUCUCCCCUUGGAGAGCUGGCACGUGUUAGCGUCGUGGGCGGCCUGUGUGAUGAUUGAUGCCUGUGCUUACGCCACCACAUCGGAACCGGAUAAAAUAGACCCACGGACAGGGAAGCCGCUUGGCAAAAGGGGGGCACGACAACGAGGGGCUAGCGUGGCGGACGAGGCAACAGGGACGGCGCCAAGAGAUGCGGUGACCCUGCAUGAGCCGCGUUUGUGGCCCUGCGGAAGACGACGACAAUCAUGUUUCCUGAGGGGGGAGAAGCUGCUCACAGUUAUGGUUUCGUCGUCUUUCGGUGGUGUUUAUUUCGCGUUGCUGUGGAGGCAGCCGAAUUUGACCAUGGGGCAGGAGGAAAGGCUAUUGUUGCUGCUCGUCGUCAUGAACGCUUCCCUGCUUUUGAGCACGUUCUGGCUGAGCACUAGAGAUUGGAUGAGCAGAAGGCCCAUCGGCGUCGCAGAUUUUACCAAGCUGCAGAAGAAGUGGGGCAGUACCAAGAACAUCAUGGGCAACGCCAACGUGGCGGCGAAGUUCCGCGAGGCCGCCAAGGCACACUUCUGCGAGGAGCUGUACAAGUUUUUGGCAGCUUUUCAGCAGUUUGAAAGCAUGAACAUUGAUGAGGCUGGAGAUCGUGGCGCCGGAAGCAGCGGUGAUUCCCCAGCCAGUUGUAGCUCAGUACACUCUCACGUAAAUUCACGACGCUUUCGACCAAGCAUUUUUUCACUUCGAGCGGAGCAACCAUCGCAGCAACUGCAACCGGUUGAGCAGCACUGCGCCUACCAGGUUCCGCGGUACUCCGAGUACUUGGGCAUGCUCGGAGAAUUUUUCACCCCGGGCUGUCGGCACGAGGUCAACGUCAGCAGCGAGACAAGAUGUCAGGUUGCCCAGGCACCUCCGGUGUUUUUGUGACUGGGUGGCUAGCUCGGAAAGCGACAAGCGCAACCUCUUUACGAAGGCUGUACGUGAGGUGCGCAUGAUGCUGGACCAGAACGUCAUGGGGUCGUUUAUACACUCCCCGUCUUUCGCUGGCGUAGCUCGAGAUCUCAUGAAGGUCAAAUCCGCACAGGACGAGAUUUCUACCGACGAAGAGAACAAGCCGUUGGCUGCCAGGAAGAGAAUGAAGAGCGGAAUCCAGGCCAUCACAUUAGCCAAUAGCGUGACGAGGACAUGGGCGUCCACGUUAUCUGAACGAAGCGACGCGGACGAAGGAGCGAGGGGCGGAGGUGCCGACACCCUGGACAACCCAUCCACUUCAACCUCUGGUGCAGGUAGUGCCCCGAUAAUUCCGCUUCGCCUACGGUCAGUCACGAUUGGAGCUCUUGCAGCGGGACGUGUUACCACGGCUGGAGAAACAGCAGAGAACGAAGGGUCACUCCAAGGCUCGACACAACCGCUGGAGGCGGCUCUGGUUGUUUCAACAGCACCACUGUCGACUUCAGCACCAUCUCCAGGGUCUUCAUCAAGAACAGAACCCCGGAGGCCACUCAGCUUUCGCACUGCGGCGCAUGCCGCGCUGGCUACGUCAACGCGAAGCCCAUCGGCUCGUGUCGCCGUUAGCCCACCCCCAUCAUCCGUUCAACCAGAACGUGAAGCUUAAACCAGCUUAUUGCAAAGACACACCUUUGUUGUAGGAUACGGAAAAGAGAGAAUGUUGAGAGCUGAAAGAACAACUUUCAGGGGGAGGCGUCCUACUUAAGAACGGGCUUAGAGCGAGGUAAAGUCUCAGCAAUAGAUUCUUCGAGGAGUAACGACUAAAAUAAACUGUACUGUAGAAUACUUCCACCACAACAUUUGAGUGUGUGCCUCGUAACAUGGGUGCCUCAUCAAUAGGAAAAAUAAAUGAUGGUAAGUUGGCUGCCGAGGUGUCAUCCAACCGCGUGCAUGGUAAAUGAUGGUACAUUUAGGGGAGUUCCCCUAUAGGGUGGAAACUUCCGGUAGGCGGCCGUUUUUCCGGUAGCGGUGUGUUUUUACGGUUAAGGCGAUUAUGCCGCACUUCUAACCGGAAACUGGGAACAUGGGCACCGAAACUUCUGGUUUGGGGACAGCAUUUUGUUGGUCAGGCUCUCCAAAUAUCUGUAGGAUGAAGGUAGCGGAGGGACGAACCGACAUGAUUGCCAACAGCACACCACCAAGGCGAAUCUACAGGAGGCCAGGACCAUAUUGC